CGACACCCCGACCGCUGGUCCCCCGGUGCAGGGAAGGGCCGCAGGCUCCACCGGCGCGGCGGGAGGGCGCCCCCGUCCUGCGCUCCGCCUUUGCGCCUGGUCCCUCGCGCCUGCGCGGGAGGCGGCGCCGGGCGGUGAAGUUGGUCAAAGCGCCGGUGAUAAAAUGAAGAAAAUGCUGUCUUUUUAACUGCAGAAGAACAAGGCUUUGUCUUCCUGUAAUUCUGAAGUGAAAGUUGUCAUCAGCAAGAAAACUAAAACCUUUUAAAGAUAGGCCGUAGUAGUAGAAUGCUGAAACAAAACUUCUGGAUUAGCUUCAUUGGCUUUCCUGCUUCUUUUGCAUCCCAAAGCAUAAGCUUAAAUCGUCUCAGAAGGACAAGGUCCGCCAGUUUAUGGCAUUUACCCAGGCUGGUGAAAGGACUGCUAUUUACUGCUUAAUGCAGAAUGAAUGGAAACUAGAAGUGGCAACAGACAACUACUUCCAGAACCCAGACUUGUACUACAAAGAAUCCAUGAAAAAUUCAGUAGACAAGAAGAAAUUAGAACAAUUGUAUAAUCGAUACAAAGAUCCACAAGAUGAAAAUAAAAUUGGCAUUGAUGGAAUUCAGCAGUUCUGUGAUGAUUUAAGCCUGGACCCGGCCAGUAUCAGUGUCCUAGUUGUAGCAUGGAAGUUCAGGGCAGCUACUCAGUGUGAAUUCAGUAAAAAGGAAUUUGUUGAUGGGAUGACAGAGUUGGGGUGUGACACCACAGAAAAACUAAAAGCUCUAUUGCCAAGACUGGAACAAGAGCUGAAGGAUCCAAUAAAGUUCAAAGAUUUUUAUCAGUUUACUUUUAACUUUGCUAAGAACCCUGGACAAAAAGGUCUAGAUCUAGAAAUGGCAAUUGCAUAUUGGAAUUUAGUAUUGUCAGGAAGAUUUAAAUUUCUAGAGCUUUGGAAUAAAUUUUUGUUGGAACAUCAUAAAAGAUCAAUUCCAAAAGAUACUUGGAAUCUUUUGUUAGACUUCGGAAAUAUGAUUGCAGAUGAUAUGUCCAACUAUGAUGAGGAAGGAGCGUGGCCUGUUCUUAUAGAUGAUUUUGUGGAAUAUGCACGACCAGUAGUCACAGGAGGAAAACGUAAAGCUUCCUAACACCAGGCUUGUCAAUAUGGACUAAACCUGUGUUCUGAACUGCAUUAGGUAAUGAAGACUUGUUAGCUGAUAACUGUGCACAUUGUUGCUGGUUUCAGUGCUUGUGAUGAGAUUCUGCAGACAAAACAGAAAUUCUUCCUUUCUGCUUAAAGAAAAUGAUGGCUGACUCGUGGACACUUGAACAAACUCAGAAGAUAGUCCAGGCUGUUUGUGGGCUACUGGCUUCAAUUAUUGUCCUGGUUGUAUCUUAUAGGAUGUAGAUUUUGCAUGAUUUUAUACUUUGGAGAAGUUUAACUAGAGGCAAUUUUAUUAAAGUUUUGACAGCACAGCAUGCCAUUCAGUUCAUGAUCCAGAGUGAACACCAGCAGUUACAUAAAUAAGACUGUAUUAUAUUGUACUUAUAUUAAAAGCAGUAUUUGUGGUAUAUAAAUUAAAUCCCUAAAUAAAACUUA